AGGAAGGAAUAAAUGCAAGAUGGCUCCUCAUAUAAAAUCAGCCUCCUGUGUUCCCUUUAGAGGACAACAAAAUUACUCUUUAAAUCGUAUUAGAUUAAAGUACUUAUCUGGGAGUAGUGCUGAAGGUUGAUACAAGGUUUAAGGUGAUAUACGUUUAAUACAUGGCAAUUAACUGACGAAGAAGUUAUUGAAGAGACAAGAGGGACCUACUUUUGAAGCCAUGAUUUGUUGAACUCAUUUCGACUGGUUUCGGGUGGUGAGCUGUGUGACUAAAGAGAGACGCACCAGGCCCUCCUUUGCUAGGCUAGCUAGCUAUCGCAUUGGAUUAGCGUCAAGUAAAGAGGAUAACUUUUUUAAAUAAAUGAUAGCAUCUGUUAAAUGCGGAUCACAAAAGAGCACAUUCACGCAUUCAAUUAAUCGUCAUGGCCGUGUCAAGGCUUGAUCGUCUGUUCAUCCUACUUGACACUGGAACUACACCGGUGACGAGGAAGGCUGCUGCCAUACAGCUGGGAGAUGUGGUCAAACUCCACCCGCAUGAGCUCAACAACCUUUUGUCGAAGGUGUUGACAUACCUGAGAAGUCCAAACUGGGACACGCGUAUCGCUGCGGGUCAGGCAGUGGAGGCCAUUGUGAAGAAUAUCCCAGAGUGGAACCCGUCACCCAAGCCCAAAGAAGAGUUGUGUGCAGACUUCUCCCCAGAAGACUCCUCCUCUGACCGGUUGAGUUUCUACCGCUUUGACAUUUCCCGCCUGCUCAAACAUGGUGCUUCUCUGCUGGGUUCCGCCGGUGCGGAGUUUGAGGUCCAGGAUGACAAGUCUGGUGAGGUGGACCCUAAAGAGCGUCUGGCCCGCCAGAGGAAGCUGCUGCAGAGGAAGCUGGGACUGGACAUGGGUGCCGCCAUCGGCAUGGACACGAUGGAACUGUUCAACGACGAGGACCUGGACACCCAGUACACCUGCACGCCGAGUGGCCCUAAGGCCCAGGGACAGGGAGAGGGGGGCUCUGAACCCUGCUCCAGCUCCGGCAAUCACGUGCCCAUGCAGGCGGCAGAGAUAAUAGACUCAGAGUUUCGACCAGGCAUGAGCAACCGACAGAAGAACAAGGCUAAGAGGAUGGCCAAGCUAGUGGCAAAGCAACGAUCCAGAGACAUGGAUCCCAACGAGAGAAGUAAUGACAGUUUUGAGGGGGAGCCUGAGGAGAAGCACAGGAAAACUAGUAACGUAGUCAUCGAGCAACCGGCAACGGAGCAUAAAGUCUUAAUCGAUAACGUUCCAGAAAACUCCAGUCUCUUGGAAGAGACCCAGGAGUGGCCCCUGGAGAGCUUCUGUGAUGAGCUCUGUAAUGACCUCUUCAACCCCUCAUGGGAGAUUCGUCACGGAGCAGGCACAGGCCUCAGGGAGAUCCUCAAGUCUCAAGGCGCUGGAGGAGGGAAGCUGGUGGGAAGCACUGCAGAACAGAUGGCGCGGCACCACCAGGAGUGGCUGGAGGAUGUGGUCAUCCGGCUGCUCUGUGUCUUUGCUCUGGACCGUUUUGGAGAUUUUGUCUCUGAUGAGGUGGUGGCUCCGGUUAGAGAGACCUGUGCCCAGACACUGGGCGUGGCCUUGCGCCACAUGACUGACAGUGGUGUUGCCAUGACAGUAGACAUCCUGCUGAAGCUGCUGACAGAGGACCAGUGGGAGGUCCGGCACGGGGGUCUUCUGGGCAUCAAGUAUGGCCUGGCAGUCCGACAGGACCUGAUAUCCGCUCUGCUUCCACGGGUGCUCCCUGCCAUCACGGAGGGGCUGCAGGACCUAGAUGAUGAUGUCAGAGCGGUGGCGGCCGCGGCCCUCAUCCCUGUGGUGGACGGGUUAGUGCAGCUACUCCCCAACAAGGUCCCAUUCAUAGUGAACUCCCUGUGGGACGCUCUCCUGGAGCUGGAUGAUCUGACAGCCUCCACCAACAGCAUCAUGACCCUACUGUCCUCUCUGCUCGCCUACCCUCAAGUCCGACAGUGCAGCAUGCAGCAGUCCCUAACGGUCCUCGUCCCUCGGGUCUGGCCAUUCCUUAGACACACCAUAUCAUCAGUUAGACGGGCCGCACUAGAGACCCUUUUCACCCUACUAUCCAAAGCUGACCAGAGCUGUGCAUUAUGGCUCAACCAGGUCCUGCAAGACAUGCUCCGACACAUCUUCCAGUCGUGCAUCCUGGAGAGCAAUCAGGAGAUCCUGGACCUCAUCCAAAAGGUGUGGACCGAGCUGCUGCGCCAGGCCCCUCAGCAGUACGUAGUAGCAGCCAGCUGUCCCUGGAUGGGCGCCUGGCUCUGUCUGAUGAUGCAAGCCUCUCAUAUCCCCAUAGACAUCAACAUGCUGCUGGAAGUCAAGUCUCGCUGCAAGGAGAAGGCUGGUGGGAAGACUCGCCAGGGAGCCUUGGUUCAAGUGAAGGAGACUGUUCAGGAGUACAUCGCCGGGGCAGAAACCGUGACCGAGGACCCAGUGACGCGGGACUAUGUGGUGACACGGGCUCGACUCAUGGCCGCUAAGCUGUUGGGGGCCCUGUGUCGGUGUAUUUGCGACCCGCAGCUCAAUUCAUCCUCCCAGGACAUCCGGCCGGCUGAGUCGCUGGGCCAGCUGCUCCUCUUCCAUCUCAACUCCAAGUCUGCCCUGCAGCGCAUCGUCGUGGCACUGGUCCUCUGUGAGUGGGCCGCCGUGCAGAAGGUGGUGUCAGCCAUGGUCCAGCCUCGCCUGUUAGCCAUCCUGUCAGAGCAGCUGUACUACGAUGAGAUCGCCAUUCCCUUCACACGCAUGCAGAACGAGUGUAAGCAGCUCAUCGCCCUGCUGGCCGACGCUCAGAUCGACGUGCGCGACCGCCUCAACUGCAGCGUGUUCACUAUCGACCAGGCCAACGAACUGGUGACCACCAUCUUCACAGAGUCCACCGUGGGUCUGGAUAUGAAGUCCAAACAGUUUCAUCCACUGGACAGCAAGCGUCAGCAGGCCCAGUCCACGGUGGGCGAGACCAGUUUGGAGUGGCAGCAGCUGCACCUGCGCGUCCACAUGUUCACCGCCUGCGCCGUGGUCAACCUGCAGGCGUUACCAGACAAGCUGAACCCAGUGGUGCGUCCGCUGAUGGAGGCGGCUAAGCGGGAGGAGAACACCCUGGUUCAGGGUUACGCCGCCUCCUUCAUCGCCAAGCUGCUGCAGCAGUGUGCUACUAGGCAGCCAUGUCCCAAUUCCAAGAUCGUCAAGAACCUGUGUUCGGCGAUCUGCAUGGACCCCCUGCUCACGCCCUCCUCGGCCUGCCCCGUGCCCCCCACUCAGACUGUUAAAGCUGGCAUGUCGGAGAAAGAAUGCAUGCACCACAUGGUCAAUAAGACCAAGGGCAUCAUCACCCUGUACCGCCACCAGAGGGCAGCAUUUGUCAUCACCAGCAAGAGGGGCCCCACCCCCAAAACCUCCAAGACCCCCACCACUGAACUGCCACCCGGCAGCACCAUCACCACAGAUACUGAUGAGAAUAAAAAGCCAUUUCUCGUUCAGAGAAGAGGUGCCGAGUUCUCUCUGACAACGGUUGCCAGGCACUUUGGCCAGGAGCUGACGAGGUCACUGCCCUACCUGUGGGAGUUUGUGGUGGGACCUUUGAGGGCCGUGGUGGAGAACAACCAAGGCAUCGAUGCGAAGCUCCAGUUGGAGAGGGGGGAUGCUGCAGCCCAGGAGCUGGUCAACUCUCUGCAGGUGCUGGAGGUCACGGCUGGAGCCAUGGCCCCCGAGCUCAAACCUCUGUUGUUGGAGCACCUGCCCCACCUGUUCACCUGUCUGCAGCACCCGUACACGGCCGUGCGUCACAUGGCGGCGCGAUGCGUUGGUGUGCUCAGUAAGAUCGCUACCAUGGAGACCAUGCACCUGUUCCUGGAACGUGUGCUGCCCUGGCUGGGGUGCAUUGAGGAUGGCACUAAGCAGGAGGGGGCCAUCGAGGCCAUGGCCUGUGUGAUGGAGCAGUUGGAUGUGGACAUCGUGCCAUACAUUGUGCUGCUGGUGGUGCCGGUGCUGGGCCGCAUGAGUGACCCCAGUGACAGCGUCCGUUUCAUGGCCACGCAGUGCUUCGCCACCCUCAUCCGCCUGCUACCACUGGAGGCAGGUAUCCCGGAUCCUCCCACCAUGUCAGAUGAUCUGAUUCGCCAGAAGGCCAGAGAGCGUCACUUCAUGGAACAGCUGCUGGACAGCAGGAAGUUGGAGAACUACAAGAUCCCUGUGCCCAUCAAGGCUGAGCUCCGCAAGUAUCAGCAGGACGGAGUGAACUGGCUGUCCUUCCUGAAUAAGUACAAGCUACAUGGUAUCCUGUGUGACGACAUGGGCCUGGGCAAGACCCUGCAGUCCAUCUGCAUCCUUGCUGGGGACCACUACCUCAGGGCACAGGAGUAUGCCAAGACCAAGGCAGCAGACUGCACCCCCCUGCCUUCUCUGGUGGUGUGCCCCCCUACCCUGACGGGUCACUGGGUGGACGAGGUGGGCAAGUUCUGCACCGACGAGUACCUGAACCCGCUGCACUACACAGGACCCCCCACUGAGCGAGCACGGUUACAGCACCAAGUCAAAAAGCACAACUUAGUAGUAGCCUCCUACGAUGUUGUACGAAACGACAUUGACUUUUUUAGGAAUAUAAAAUUCAAUUACUGUAUCCUCGACGAGGGCCAUGUGAUCAAGAACGGGAAGACCAAGCUCUCUAAGGCCAUUAAGCAGUUGGCGGCCAACUUCCGAGUCAUCCUAUCAGGAACGCCCAUCCAGAAUAAUGUUCUGGAGCUGUGGUCGCUCUUUGACUUCCUCAUGCCCGGCUUCCUGGGCACAGAGCGCCAGUUUGCUGCCCGCUAUGGCAAGCCCAUCCUGGCCAGCCGUGACGCCAAGAGCUCGUCACGCGAGCAAGAGGCCGGGGUGCUGGCCAUGGAGGCGCUGCAUCGCCAGGUGCUGCCCUUCCUCUUGAGGAGAAUGAAGAAGGACGUGCUGCAGGACCUGCCCCCCAAGAUCAUCCAGGACUACUACUGCAACCUCAGCCCUCUACAGGUUCAGCUGUAUGAGGACUUUGCCAAGUCCCGGGCCAAGGUCAGUGUGGAGGACACCAUCUCUACAGCCUCCAUCCACGAAGAGGAGAAUCCCACGUUGAAGGCCACGGGCCACGUGUUCCAGGCUCUGCAGUACUUGCGGAAGCUGUGUAACCACCCAGGCCUGGUACUGCUGCCACAGCACCCGGAGUACAAGCGCAUCACAGACCAGCUGGCAGCACAACACUCCAGCCUCCGAGACAUCCAGCACUCGCCCAAACUCUCAGCUCUCAAACAGUUGUUGUUGGACUGUGGUCUGGGCAGCAGCGGCUCAGCGGAGGGCACAGAGGCGGUGGUGGCCCCGCACAGAGUGCUGAUCUUCUGUCAGCUGAAGAGCAUGCUGGACAUCGUGGAGCACGACCUGCUCAAGCCCCAGCUGCCCGCCGUCACCUACCUGCGACUGGACGGCAGCGUCCCAACUGGCCUGCGCCACUCCAUCGUCUCCAGGUUCAACAACGACCCCUCCAUAGACGUGCUGCUGCUCACCACCCACGUGGGCGGUCUGGGUCUGAACCUGACUGGUGCUGACACGGUGGUGUUUGUGGAACACGACUGGAACCCUAUGAGAGACCUACAGGCCAUGGACCGCGCCCACAGGAUAGGACAGGUAAACUACUGCCUCUGUAUGGACCGCGCACACAGGAUAGGACAGGUAAACUACUGUCUCUGUAUGGGCCGCGCACACAGGAUAGGACAGGUAAACUACUACUGCCUCUGUAUGGACCGCACACACAGGAUAGGACAGGUAAACUACUGCCUCUGUAUGGACCGCGCACACAGGAUAGGACAGGUAAACUACUGUCUCUGUAUGGACCGCGCCCACAGGAUAGGACAGAAACGCGUGGUGAACGUGUAUCGUCUGAUCACGCGUGGCACCCUGGAGGAGAAGAUCAUGGGCCUGCAGAAGUUCAAGAUGAGCAUCGCCAACACCGUCAUCAGCCAGGAGAACGCCAGUCUGCAGAGUAUGGGCACCGACCAGCUCCUCAACCUCUUCACCUUGGACAAGGAUGGGAAGGAUGAUAAGGGCGAGUCGUCGUCCUCUGGAGGGAAGGCCUCCAUUAAGAACGUGCUGGACGGCCUGGGGGACCUGUGGGACCAGCAGCAGUACGAAACCGAAUACAACCUGGACAGCUUCAUGCACUCGCUCCACUAGCCUCCUAGCCUCUCUUACCCAGCCGGGCUAAACCAUUCAGGGUUUAGUGCUAUCUGCCAGUCUGAUUCUGGUUAUCCCCAUGGCUCCCUCAGUAUUCUCCCAACCCCAAAGCCCACUUAACUAGACAGCCUUCCCACCUUUAGUCCUGUGUACCCUCCUGUCCCAGGGGAACAGAGGAGCAGGGUCAUCUCUCCUUGAGACUGCCUGUACAGUGGAGCAGCAAGAUGGGACUGCCCCAGGGACCACUCCAGCCCUGUGGUGGUCCCGCCUCCUAAACUGAAGUCUUAAAACACUCCCACGCCCACUUUUAGAGGACUACCAGUGUUCUAUUGACUGUAGAGCCAAAAAACAAGAUGUUUGACUGGAAGAAAGACGAGGGGGAGCCGUCUUAUAGGAACACACGUGCGCACACACACCAGAGUGCUGGCUCUUUAUAGCUGGUUACUGGAUUGCACUGUCACUACUGGCUAGAAGGGGUGUUUUGGGGGUUUUAUACCACCCCCCCCAGGUGGCGCUAGUCUCCCCACACAUGUCCUGUGUAAGCACAUUCACUUGACCUUUCUCGCCCACAGAACUCUGUAUGGAUCAGUUGGCUGGCCUGGCGCAGGAUUGGAAAAGCCGUGGCUGCUCGUCCCCAACCUUGUGAAAUGUCACUCUAAAUGGAGCUGCGCUGAAGCAGCCUCACAGGGACUUACACCGCGGGGCCAACCUGAAACAAGGGGACUUGUCCGAGUUUUAAGAAAAUGCAGACCUGUAAAUAUUUCUGUAAUUGUUGCUCCUUGUUUAAACCGAUAGUUCUAAUAAAUUCUAGAGCUUUCA